GAGUGGGUGUUGUCGGUCACAGGCAGGUCAGUAUUUAAAUGUCUGCGGGUCACCUCGCUGCUUAAAUGUUAGAUAAGAGAGAGAAGAAGGCUGACGCUGCCGCAGUCAUCUGCUCUUACCAGCAAUAAGUUACAGCAACAAUGGAAAAACCUGUCGAGGAGUAACUGUUUUGGACAAGUGAGAACGGGACACGGGGGUAAAUACGCACAACACCUGCUUGAACACCGUUAAACCGACUGAACUGCUGGAGAUAAGUAGUCUCAAUGGAGCUCAGAACUGUAGUAAAGGACAAGUUUUUCAUAGUGAUACGCGGGAAGUCGAGGAAAGGCUUCAGCCGCGGAUGUAUCGGCCGUGUGGAGGCGGAGACGCAGCGUGGGGAGCUGAUGGGGCUGCUGUACUGCGGGGGAAGCAACGCAGGGAGCCCCAAGAGCGGAGGCAUGGUGAGGAGGGAGGACACGUACCCUCUGACCCGCCACCAGGCCCAGCUACUGCUCUUCAUUUCCUCCAUAAGCAAACGCCUGGAGCUGCUGUGUAACCCCCAGCUGUUCGCCGCCAUCUGCGAGCUGUCUCAGGAUGACCUGGUGGUGGUGAAGUACAAGAAGGGACACCUGCCCGGGCUGGUGAAGAACCUCAUGAAAAUCGGGAGGAAGGAGAACAAGGACGACCUGCACAUGCUGGGCUUUGAGGUGGAACCUGUGGACUAUGGUAGCAAUCUGUCAUCCAAGAAAGCUGCUCCUCUGCCCCUGUUCAGUGCUGCAGACAUCCUGCAGGUGGUCCCAUCCUACUCCAAUCCCCUCGGACUGCACUUGAAAGAUGGCCAAUGUGGAAGUCUAAACGAAAAAGCGGUGACGCGCAUCAACUCCAUGCCGACAAUGCGCUCUCGUCCACGACAACUGAGCGAGAACCAUAGAGAGCAGACUGUCAUUCGGACCCAAAGUUUGAGCACAUCUCAUAUGACUUUGGAGGUGGGAUCCAUGGUGGAGGUGGUGUCCAACUCAGGGAUCACAGUGUAUGGAGUGAUCCGGUGGUUGGGGACCCCUGGAGGGAAGACUGGUGAAUGGGCUGGGAUUGAAUUGGAAUACGAUGUGAACGGCUGCUCUGAUGGGAAGUAUGGAGGCCAGAGGUAUUUCACCUGCAAAGGAGCCAGAGCGUUGUUUGUUCCCGUCAUGAAGUGCAGCCCUGACAGCAGGUUCUUCUCUUCAACAGGGAAGGAAACUUCAAAAUCCACUGAAAUGCCUCCAGUUCCACCAUUUGAGGAGUCAGAGGAUUAUGCACCACCUAUCUCUGAAUCAGAGGCCUUGUCUUUGUUAGUGGGAAGAAUGAAAGGGAUUCAGGGUCACAUCAACUCCUGUUACCUUGAUACCACACUCUUCAGUUUGUUCAGCUCAUCUGUGACCCUGGAUAAUAUCUACCAGAAGCCUGCUGACACAGAGCAACCUGUAACAUGCACUCUCAGAAAAAUAGUGAACCGUCUACGCAGACAUGGGUUUGUCCCUGCUGAGAGUGUGAUGAAUUUCCGUAAACAGCUUGGGUGCGACACCUUCCAAACAGAUGAAAAAGACCCAGAAGAGUUCAUCUCAGUCUUCUUUCAGAAGGUGCUUUGCAUGGAGCCACUGCUCAAGCUCAGAUCAAGAGGGGAAAGAUCUGAGGGUGCCUAUACUUUCCAGAUCUUUCUGGAAAAAGAACAGAUCGGACAGAUUCCCUCCGUCCAGCAGCUGCUGGACACAUCCUGUCUGUCAGGUGACCUCAAGUUUGAAGAGAUGCCGUCCCUUCUAAUGGUUCACAUGCCAAGGUUUGGAAACAAGUAUAAGAUGUUUUCUCAUAUCAUUCCUUCAACUGAGCUCGACAUCACAGAUCUCCUAUACAACUCUCCAAGGGAAUGCUUCAUAUGUGGGCAUUUGGCAGAGCACGAGUGUGUACAGUGUCUGCCAGAUCACAAACUGCAGCCAGGCAGAGUGAAACAGUAUUGCACUACGUGCAACACACAGGUGCACACCCAUCCCUCACGACAGGGUCACUCUCCCAAAGCUCUCACAGUACCAGACGAUGUAGCCUCUCACAGUUCUGUGCCCAGACACAUGAUGAAGCUGUUUGCUGUGCUCUGCAUUCGAACUAGCCACUAUGUGUCCUUCAUCAAAUAUGGACCUGAUCCUCACUCCUGGCUCUUCUUUGACAGCAUGGCAGACAGAUGUGGUGAUGAUCAACAGGGCUACAACAUUCCAGAGAUCAGGGUGUGUCCGGAGUUGGGUGACUUCCUGUCCCAGCCGGAGGAGCAGCUGGCUCGAGCUGACCCCACCCAAACUCCUGAACUGGUGUGCAGGCUUCUGUGUGACUCUUACAUGUUUUUGUACCAGAACCCGGCCAACUCACUUUCAAAGCCCAACCAUCAGGAGCCAUAAAUGCAUGUAAGGAUGAGGACACAACGUUCCCAUAACAGUGCCCUUUAAUAACCUUGCAUCUCUGCUUAAUCAGCAAGAUGGUGUGUUUGUUAUUACAUCCAAACAGCAGGAACUGAAGUGGAUGCUUUUAACAUCAUUGGAUUAAACAAUAAUGUAGUUAAGAAAUUUGACUCUGAAUGAUCUCGGUCAAAGGUGAUUUGUAAGGAGGGAAAGAAUGUGCAGUGAAAAUACAGUUUGCACCCAUCUUCAAUUCCCUCGUUUUUCCUAUUGAAUUACCUUUUGUUGUUGCACUGUGUUAUUUAUAUCAAGAUUUGUAAAGGAAUUUUUUGCUUGCUGGUGAUUUUCAUGAAUUUGACUUUGACUUACCACAUAAUAAAUGCAUAACAACAUCAAAGUUCA